UCUUCUUCUUCUUCCUGUUUUGUUCUCUGUAAAUUGGUCUGAGAAAAAAAAAGAUGGCUACGAAAAUGCAUAGGAUUUCACAGAUUUCAGUCCGUAAAUGGAUUUUCGAACACCCUCUUAAUCAAAUAUCAAAACCCACUUCUUCAUUUUCCAUCAACUCGUUCACAACCGACUCACCACAACGCGCCACAGACCCAUCGAAGCCCGGCCGUACACCCACCUCUUUAAUCUCAAACAUCCACCGUUUCCUCCAUUCCAUUCUCUCAAACGGCUCGACCCAGCUCUCAACUCGGCAGAAUCUGAGAAAUUACAGUGGUGGGUCGGGUGGUGGUGAGUUGGACCAGAACAAAGAGGUGGACUUGAUAAAUCUCAAGUUUGCAGAAGCAAGGGAUGAGAUUGAAAUGGCUAUGGAAUCCAAAGAGACUGUUUAUUUCAAUGAAGAGGCCGAGUGUGCUCGCGCGGCAGUUAAGGAAGUUUUGGACUUGUUUGAAGGGCUUUUGGCAAAAGUUACAGAGAGUGAGAAAGCAGCAUUGAGGAGAUCAAUGGGACUUAAGAUUGAGCAGUUGAAAGCUGAGCUUCUUCAGCUUGAUGAGUAAUGAGGAUGAGACAUCAAAACUUCUAAGUUUUCUGAAUAACAUGGUGAAGUGGCAAGCAUAUGAAGCAAUGGAGUAUUUCCUUCAUUAUCUUUUCUAUUUAAAAGGUAAUUAUUGAGUAGUGAAGAAUGAUCUAAUAUGAGUUUUAAUGUGGAAGGAGAUUGUCUCCUCACAGCAUAGUGUAGCAAAUUUUUGCCUUUCUCAUCAACAACUUCAUAGCUAUCUGGACACUUCGAAAGAAUUUCCUUCACUAAUUCAUAACCUCCAAACCUGUUGGAAGCUGCAAUUUGAAGAGUUGUGGUGCCAUUUUUAUCUUUGAAGUAGGCACUGCUUUCAUCAUUUUCUAACAACAUCUUCACAAUCUCCAAAUUAUUAUCCGAGUAACUCGAAGUGGGCAUCACAGCAUAAUGCAGAGGAAUGAAACCAUCCUUAUCUGCUUGUUUGGUCAGAUCUAAUAUGUUCUCCUAAAUCUUUCUUGUUAGGCCUGAACAUUUUGUUUUUUUUUUUAAAAAAAUACUUAGUAUGUAAUUAUAAAUCUGUUUGGUAAAAGAAAGGAAAUCAACUUAUUAGUUAUUACCUGUAUUUUCAGUUAAAAUUGCAGCAUGGAGAACAUUUCUGCCAUUAGGGCCAGUAGAGGCUGGUGUGGAACAAUUGUUUAGUAUUUCAUCAACCAAAUCUAAGUACUCCGCCUCUACAACCAUGUAAAGCGGAGUUUCUUCCGCUCCAUUAGCCAAAUGUGUGAAAUAAGGGUCUUGUUUAGUCAAAAUCCUUACAACCUUAAGAUGGUUGAAACGCACAGCCUCGUGCAACGCAGUGUCCAAUUCCUUGUUGCUCAGUCUCAUCAUGUGUUGGGCAACAUCACUACUAUCCACCCCACCAAGGAUGGCCUUCUCAAGAUCAGAUUGUUCAAGUAGUUUAGCUCGAUUAAUAAGAAACUCAACAAUAAGAUCAUGUCCGUACCUUGCUGCCAAGUGUAAGGGAGACUCUCCUCUUGCAUUGGUUUGUAAUAACAGUUGUGGACAAAUCUAAGUAUCCAUUCCAAGAAAGUUGUUGUAUUAUGACUACUUGUUUUUGUAGCAGUGAUAUUGACAUGGAUAACUGUGUUCUUUUCUGUGGUCAA